CCAGGGCUGUAUCAUAGGUUUUCUGCCAAUAUAUCCAGCGAGUGAAGAGCACUCACUCACUCUCUAAAUAACACAAUAUUAUAAAAUAAAUCCCAUUAUGGAACACCCUAUACCCAUAUAUUACAGCGUAGUGCUGUCGGUAGUCAUUGUCAUUGCCGCUGUUUUCUGUUGCAACUGUCGGUUGCGGCAACAAGUUAAUUAAGUUUUCUACACUUAUUCGACCAUAACGUUUAACGAAUUUCUACUGCGCUCACGAAUGCCUAAGUCACUGAGUCAUUGCUUUUGUUUUAGAAAAUGAUACACAGAUUUCCAAUAUUUCCCCGUAUUUCGAACAAUUUUUCGUUGUUUGCGCACACUAGAUAUUUUCUUCGUUUUUGCUUUUCAAUUUUGUUUUUAUUUUGCCAACACAACAACACAUAUGCCACAAGUCACUCACCAAACGACUGACAGCCUUAUCAUCCAAAUUUCAAGUAUAGCACAAAACAAGCAAAUUUGCAGUUAAUAAAACAGCAAAUCCACCAAAAAAACAACAGAAUUUGGAGAACUGACAAAAUUCCGCUGCUCAUUUGACGUAGGCCGAUCAUGAGAUCCACCGCUACUGCCGCGACGAAUACGAAAAACCCGAAUCCGUUGCAAGAUGAUGAUCUCUCGGAGUUAACCAAAAAGGAAAUACUUUUUUGGGCGCGCAAACUGAAACUGACGCCGUCGGAGCUGUUUACGCUCUCCAAACACGAACUCGAGUAUCAUCUGGAACGUGCACAGCAAGAGGAUCUUUACGAGGAGCAGCGACAAAGCCAGUUUGCGAAAUGGGAAAUGUUGUCGCAGAUGAAACGUUUCCUGCUCGAAGAGCAACAUAAAGAACGUUUGAGAGGCGGAGGACCACAGGCUACGUCGAACCGACGCACAGUUUGGGAUAUUCUAUGCAGAGCUGCCAGCGAAAUCGAAUCAAUGUACGGGCAGAGUCAAGCGUGCAUCGAUAGUAGCGCCGAUUCAUGUCCAUACUCCGAUACCGGUGGUUCGAGUAGUUAUGCAACGUCAACUUUCGGCGGUUUUGAGUCGCCACGUGUGCCGAAUAUGUGCUCGACGAUGUAUGAAAUGCAUCCCGACGACUCGCAAUGUACGCCGCCAGAUUUUCCCUCCACAUUUACGGCCACGCCGAUCAGUUGUGCGAGAUCGCCGCAAAGCAGUGGCAGACAGUCGCGGGCAUUAAACGCCACUCACAAUAUGAAUGUGUCAAAAGCCACAUUUAGUACGUGCCCCAAACGGAAUGCGAGUAGAAGUAUAGAUCGCGGUGGCGCACCGAAUGCAACAUACAACGCCUGCGCGCCUCGUAAUGCCACCUAUACGAUGCCGAACGACGUCUACAGCAAUGCAUGUCCGCCAAGGAAUACCACUUACAGUGUACCGCGUGGUGCAAAUGCUACAUAUGAUGCAUGUAGAUCGCAAGCCGGGAAUGCAACUUACAAUGUGGGGAGUUUCGCGCUGAAUGCUACUUACAAUGUACCGCAUUAUGGAGCAAAUACUACCUAUAAUGUGCCGCGUUUCGCGCCAAACGCCACCUAUAAUUUUUCGCGUUGCGCACCGAAUGCCACUUACAAUGCGUCGCGUUGCCCGCCGAAUGCUACAUUCAAUGUACCCCGAAGUGCGCCAAACGCUACAUAUAACAUACCCCAUUCUCCGACAAAUGCUACUUUCAAUGUAUCGCGUCUGUCACCAAAUGCCACCUAUAAUGUACCGCGUUGUGCGCUGAAUGCUACCUUUAAUUUACCGCGCGCUCGUAACACCACACAAGCGGCGUGCCCCAAUGCAACGUUUAACGCGACGCAUGGCGGCAAUCGCACCUUCAACGCCACAAUGCCACGCGGUAAUGUCACUUUUAAUGUGUGCCCCCGUUCGGGUGGCGCUGGUGCAACGCCGAGUUUCUGUCCGAAUCCCGUAAUGGCAUCCACACCAAAGAACUGCCAACGCACUGGCCAACCACCUUACUUUCGCAACUAUACCGAUUAUUGGAUGACACUCUCAGGUAUGGGCAUGGCCGAAGCGACACAGAGUGUGUCCUACGAUCUGUUUAGCGACAACAAGAGUAUGGUGCGUGCAGCGGCACGUACUUACUCCAUACCCUUACCAAAUCGUAGCAAAUCUUGUCCGCCAAUCGGACGUACCACGAGUCCACAGUAUGGUUACAGUUCGGGCGAUAGCAUACCAUGCCCACGUGGUGCCACGCGUACACCCUCACCUAUACGCUGCUCGUCGCCAGUUCAAGCUAUAGCAGCGGUUAAUUACGGUAUGUCGCCGGUGGCGCGACCGACAGCUGAUCGUUCGUAUGGUGCGCCGCGUCGCUUGCGUCAACGCAAUACGAAUAAUGAAUUUUGCGAUUGCGCACGUCGUUCGCAUAGUGUGCCGCCGCGUUGCUGUUCAUAAGUUAGACUUGCAGACUUGUGGACGCACAUCCGUUCGACUUGCUGAAGUCGAGAAUAUAUCUUUUUUGUAUUUUGUAAACAAUUUUCUGUAACUACUAAACUCAUAUGAAUGGUCCUCAUGUACAAACAAUAUACUAGCAAUAUAUUUUUUAGCACAUAAAAUUUUG